AUGAAGACAAUUGCUGUAGACCUUGACACGUCAUUAGACGAAAUCAUCAAAACGAGAAAAAAUAGGCAUUCACGGGAUAAUAAUUUUUAUUCGAAAUCAUCUUACAAGCCAGCGGGCUCAGAUAAUAGACGGGUUGAAAAACAUGAAACCUACCGCAAGUCCCAACAUCCCUACAGUAAACCAUCACGUUACAACACCUCAGAGUCCUCGGAUAAUCGUCGCCCGACGUACUCUGCACGACCGGCAAAGGCUAGCCCUCUCCAGUCAUCUAGCAGCAGCAGCAGCAAUAGUCAUAACAGUAGCAGUCAUAAUACAUCCAAACCGGAUCCAUCUAGGAUUGUAAUUACAAAAUCUGUAACACGCCGCCUGCCAAUGGAUCUAAUGAUAAAUCAAGAUGCAAAGCUUGAUGAUGGAAGUGAGAUGGGGCGAAUAAGAAAACAACCUCCCUUAUCUCAUGAAAUCCGACUCGGAGCACCUCAGCAGCCAUUAUACCAGCACCAACCCACCAAUUAUGCCAUUCGUGGCCUAUCACAGCAGUCUCCUGUUAGAGGCUUGUCUAUCCGAGGAGAGUCUGGACCAGCAGUGGUAUUAAUCAGUAACCUCGACCCGGGUGCAAACGCCGAGGAUGUAAAGACUGUAUGUGCAUAUUUUGGACAUAUUUUGCAGUGUAAGAUACUCUUGGACCGUUCUGGUCGUUCUUAUGGUGAGGCAGAGAUUGAAUUUGCACAUAAAUCUUCAGCACUAGACUGUGUGGCAAAGAUGGAUAAUGGGAUUGCGGAUGGUCGGGUUCUACGUGUAAUGCUAAGGAAUAGGAUGACACCUACAGCCCCCCUUAUGCCACCCCCAAUUCCUAAUCAGAAUAAUACUCGUUCUGUGAUCACACCCACCCGAUCUGGAUACACGUCUGGUGCCAAACCCUAUUCUGAUCACAACAUUCCAGUUGGACCAGCCUCAAAUGAACUCCCAGACUAUUCACGUUAUCAAUCGUUCACAGGUGGGAAUCGUCGUUAUUGAACGAUAUAAAUAAAAAAUAAUUCCAAUCCAGGGUCAAUUAAGCAAAU